AUGAACGAGAUUGAAGAAGUUGUAUCGGAUAAUUAUGGAUUCAAAUUGAUUGAUGAUACCUCAGUCUCAGAACCAAUAGAUUUGGAACAGUUCAAAAAUGGACAGGAAUUACGAUUAUUGGCUAUUCAUGAUAAACAAAGAAUCAUUGCCGCAUCGAACUCGAAAUCACUCAAGUUUAUAUCAGCUGACACUUUGGAGGAAAUUGGAACCGUUGAAAGAGACUUUGGUAUAACCCAGUUGUACUUCACUGAAUCCAAAUUUUACAUCUUGAAUAACAACAUCAUACAAACCCUAACCCUUGAUCAAAUAAAACGAAAAGAUUAUCAGUUUUUGUCAUUGGAGGGCAACUACACCAAUUUGAAGCCAUUGAAUGAUGAAGUUUACUUGGCUUUGGAUGAAGAUGGCAACUUGUACCACAAUUCAUCCAAGAUCGCAUCAAAUGUGAUCAGAUUCAUCUGGCACAAGUCGUCAUCACCGAUAUAUGUCACCAAGUCUGAUCAAUUUCAAAUAAUGGGCAAACCCAUCGGCUAUGACGAAGCAACCAAAGAAGAUUUAUCAGACCUUCAUCUCGUUGAACUCUUCUCCAUUAAGGACUACAUUUUCCUCGUUUACGACUCCAGCGAGGAACAGCCAUCCGAUGACCAUCAAAUAAGAACUUUUUUACUCAAGUAUGAGAAAGAUGAGAAAUAUACACCUUACGCUAUUGAAAUUGCAUCACCAUAUGGAGCAGCGUAUAGAACCACGACAUACUAUUAUGCAUCAAUCACCAACUGGUUGGAAUCAACUCAACUUCAAUUUAUUACAUCGUCGUUGUCAUUGGAGAUUGGUAUUCUCGAUCAAACAAAUACACCACCUGAAUCUAUCGUGCCAUCUGAAGACUCAAAUAAAGCAAACUAUCCAAUCGAUGAUGAAACACUGCUUGACGUAUCCCCCAUUGGAUUUGCCAUUUCGGUGCACGAGUUGAACUCAAAAGUGGAUUCACCAUGUGUUGGAGUCGAAGGUGAAGUGGUUGGCAAAUUGCCCAAAAUGUAUGCACUUUUGGAUAAUGGGAAAUUGAGAUCGUGGUGGGUUUUUAACAAAAAUGGUAUUUUGAAGGAUAAAGUGUCCUUGGAGAGAGCAAUUGCUGUAGAAGAUUCAGUAGUAGCUACUCAUAAAGUUGAAAAUUUCAAGAAGGAUUCAUCUACAACUGAUACGAAUGCUCAACCGCCGGCAAACCCAUUUCAAGCUGUAAACAAUCCAUUUGGUGCAUCCACCGCUGGUGCUUUCAAAAGCCCAAUAGCAGCAGCCUCUAAGACUGAUGGUGCUACUCAUUAUCCUACCAAAUCUGCAUUUGGAUCAACUGGGUUUGGUUCAGGACAAACUUCCACUAGUGCAUUUGGAUCAACCGGGUUUGGCUCGGGACAAGCUCCAAAAUCUUCCUUCGGAUCAACUGGGUUUGCCACUGAUCAAGCUGCAAAAUCUUCCUUUGGAUCAACAGGAUUUGGAGUCUCUACUGCUCCUGCCACUGGAUUUGGCUCUUGGGGUUUUGGCUCAAUACAAAAGACUACCGCAACUUCCGGAAAGCUGAAUCUCUCUUCAGGAUUUGGUAAAUUUAGUAAUCAGCAGCCAGCAACCUUUGAAAACACAACUAGCGGAAAAAACAUAUUUAACGAUGAUGACAAAACUUCAUCGCCAUUCGGUCAAUCAUCAACCACGUCAUCUCCAUUCGGAAAAUUGGGAAGUACAACAGGCUCGGCUCAUCAGCCAUUGACACAGGCGAAGCUGAUAUUUGGACAAACGAGUGCAUCAACGACAACCGCUUCACCUAUUGCUGCUUUGGGCAAGAAUGCCACAACUGAAGGCAUUAACAAUACGAGACCAACUCCGUAUGCUGAUUUUAUGGAAUCUACAAAAGAGUCAGCGCCAGUUCCUGUAGAUUCAGUGACAAAAGAUGAGUUGAAACCAUUGACGCAAAAAGCUUCCCUGCCAAGUUUGCAAAAUGAUUUCUUUGUAUCCAACAAGACUGGUGAAGAUGAUUUGGCAGCAGCUUUUGGUGCCAUAGGCACUAAUGAAAAGCCAAGUGGAGUUUUUAACUCUCCCUUUGGUGGGUUGAAAAAGAGCAAUAGUCCUGCACCUUUUGCACUGUUGCAAAAACCCAAAGAAUCUUCACCUUUCGCACUGUUGCAAAAACCCAAAGAAUCUUCACCUUUCGCACUGUUGCAAAAACCCAAAGAAGCUUCACCUUUUGCAAACUUCAAAACAUCAUUCACAAAAGAAGAGGAAAAAUGGCACAAAGAUUUCGACAAUCAAAGAGACAUGAAAGAUGAGUCCCAAAUUAGUGAAAAUACACCCGAUGAAGGUGAAGACUCGGAAGAAGCGGCCGACGAGGCACCUAAGGACGACACAAGAAAUGUGUCUGAUUCAUUGGAUGAAUUUGAAGCUACUGAAAACUAUGACCUUUCUCAAGAUGACGAAGAAGAUGAAGUGGAUGAUCAAAAGUUCGUUGAUGAGUCUGAAAAGAAUGAUUCUUCUUGGAUAAAUAUUUCAAAGAAGGAUGCAACUGGUCGCGUUUUGGCACAAUCGUUGGUGGAUAUUGAGCAUGAUGGUGCUCCCAUUAAAAGCAAGGAAGCAGAUGUUGUGGUAGAGGAGCCUGUUGAUGAACCAGCUGAUGAUCCAAUAAAGCCUGUCGAAUUUUUGGUAUUUGAUGGGUUUUCAGAGUCAUUGGAAAAGAGUGAUGAUCCAAUCACGAAUAAAAUACGAACAAUAAUUGCCAAUACCGAGGGCAAUUUGCAAUUUUUGGCAAAAAAUGUUUCUGCAGUCACUGGGUACAUAGACGCUCACAGUACGUCAGGAAAGCAAUGGCAUAAAAUUACCGAAGUGGGGAACUUGCAAUAUGAUAAAGAAAUGUACAAGGGUAAAUUGCAUUACUUGCAUGAAAGAGAGACCGAGAUUGAGAAAUUGAAUUUGAAAUUACAGCAAAGUCAACGCCAUCAAAGGUUGCUUGAAAAAUCAUUUAGCCAAUUGGUCUUGUUAGAAAAAGCAUCGAGCAAGAAUUUGAAACUUCUCAAAAACCGGCCACUAGAACCUCGCAAACAAGAGAUGAGAGAUCGAUUGAGAAAAAAAUUGGCUAAUGUCCAGUCGCUAGAAUCAAAGUUGCGUACAUUGCUCAUGUCUGCAAAGGCAAAAAGCUCACUAGGUCUGUCUACUGUUGACAAGAUUGAAACAAUCAUCCUGCAAUUGGGUGAUCAGAUUUUAGACAAGAAACUUGCUUUGAAUGAGUUAGAAGAUGAAAUGAAGAAGUUGAAUUUGGGUGAAAACUCGAAAAGUCUCACAACAAAUUCAAGGGCUGCUAAAUUGGAAUUGAGGAAUCGGUUACGUGAAAUGAAUGCGAAACGAAUCACCCAGUAG